CUUGAGAACUCCCAGCAGAGACCUGAGAGCUACCGUCAGCCCACGUCCCCCAAAGGUAAGAGCAGACCGCUCCGCUCUGUGCCCACGUUCCGGAUCUCUCUGCUGUGUGCCCACGUUCCAGACCGCUCCACUCUGUGCCCACGUUCCGGAUCUCUCUGCUGUGUGCCCACGUUCCAGACCGCUCCGCUCUGUGCCCACGUUCCGGACCAUUCCGCUCUGUGCCCACGUUCCGGAUCUCUCUGCUGUGUGCCCAGACUGCAGACAUGCGCUUUGGUGGCCUGGUCUUCCUCCUGCUCCUCGCCUGCAUCUACCUCACGCUGGCACAAGGCUCCUAUGAGGAUUGCUGUCUGAAGUAUGCCAAAUUUGUCCCCAAGAAGAUCUACCGUAUGGCUGCGGCAUACCGGCUACAAGAGACCGACGGUGGCUGCAACAUCCCGGCGAUCGUGUUCACCUUGAGAAGGGGCAGGAUGUUCUGUGCUGACCCCAGUCACCGCUGGGCGGUGGACCUGAUAAAGAGGAUCAACAGUCGCAAGCACCUUAAAAAGCAGAUGAGGCAGGGCUAAGCUGCAUGGAGAGCCCCUCCCCCACCCUCUCUGCCCUCAGUCCCAGCAGAGCUCGGUGUUGGAUAGCGACAUGUCUGACACUGGCAAUCACGCUUUCACUGAUCUCAGAACAGCCUGCUCCCAUCCCAGAGAGGGGGGCCAUCAUCUAAUUCCAGAUCCCAGAACAGCCCACCCAGCUGCUCAGCACCGCCCACCCGCCUGCCAGCUCCACUCACCUGCCUGCCAGCCCAGCCAAACCGCCCCGCCCACCCAC